CUUGCUCGUAGGAGUCUUCACAUUUGGACAAGCCAGUGACAAGUUUGGUAGAAAGCUUGCUAUGAUAGCUACUGUCGUGGUUUCUAUAAGCUUCACGUACGCAUCCUCUUUUUCCCCUAACUACAUUGUCUAUAACAUACUCAGAUUUAUCGUGGCAGCUGCAGAAAUCUCAACUGGUACCAUCGGCUACGUACUUGUACUCGAGAUAGUUAACCAGAAAUGGCGGCUAUUUGCUGCUGUAGUUAGCGGCCUCUAUUGGCCAUUUGGCUACAUGACAUUAGCUGGAAUAGCGUACUUGAUCAGGGACUGGAGAUAUCUCACUAUAGCAGUGGCGUCUAUUAAUGUACCAUACGUGAUAUACUUAGUUCUCAUUAUGCCAGAUUCACCUCGUUGGAAGUACAGUCAAGGGAAAAAUAAAGAUGGGGAUGCAAUAAUGAAUAAGAUUGCCAAGUGGAAUAAUGCAAAACUUCCAGACGUCAUUGAUAUCAACAUGAAAGAGAAUUCAGAUGCAGAGGAUCCGGGAAAGAAAGCGUUUUUUCUUGAUCUGCUACGAACUCCAAACAUCAGGAAAAAUUCUCUCAUACAAUUUUAUAUUUGGUUUGUUACAAGUAUGGUUUACUACGGGCUCUCUUUGGGGGCAGGUAGUUUAUCGGGCAGUCCAUACCUCAAUUAUCUCCUGAACGCUGCAGUUGAGAUACCUGCAGUUAUAUUGAAGAUUCCAUUAAUGUGGAAGUUUGGCAGAAUAUGGCCAUUAGGACUGACAAUGAUAAUUGGGGGAGUGGCUCUACUUUGUGUGAUGGCAGUACCCGAAGGAAUGGGUUCUGUGGUGAUUGGUCUAUCCCUAUUUGGCAAGUGUAUGCUGACUAUGUCUUUUGGCAUUAUUUACAUUCUAACGUGUGAACUAAACCCCACUGUGGUCAGAAAUGUUGCUUUAGGAUCUUCGUCCAUGUUUGCUAGGGCCGGUGGGAUAUGUGCACCUCUUUUGUCUCUUCUGAGAGAUUACUACAUCCACACCCCUGUGAUUGUGUUCGGGGCAAUGUCAGUACUGGCUGGGUUCUUGACUUUCUUAUUACCAGAGACACUGGGGAAACGCCUACCAGAAACCAUCCAAGAUGCUGAAAACUAUAGGAACCAAGACACGAUCGAAGUUGAAGAAGCUAAUGCCAGCAGAGAAAAGAAAGUCGCUAUAGGUGAUGAUACAAAAUUGGAUAUAAAAGCAACUGGAUUUGAACCAAAUAAAACAAUCAAUGGAUUGGCAUACACCAACCGUGGAUUUGAUGGCGAUGCAACACUUUUGUAAAUAAAUAUAUGGAUAAAUUGCGUGGAUAUCUGUCGGAUUACGCUCGUUAUGGAACGUAAAUGUUUAUUUAAAAAUGAGAUAAACAAUCCCAGGAAAUCUAUUUUUACCAACCUUGACAUUGAUACUUUUUAGUUACAAUGUACAAUGAAUUAAUCCAAGGUAUUAGAUGGUGAAAUCUUGAAUAUAGAUGACGACGCAUAGUUCAGAAUUCACACUUUUAGGAAUGAUAUACUAUAUCUAGUGUCAAAUUCCAGCUACACAGAAUCAUAUACUAAGCCAUUCUAUAUUUUUAGAUUAAUGGUUAUAUAUUAAUUCAGUGACAUUGAUUAUCUUCAUCUAUUUCAUAAACUCAAGUUAACCGUUAUGUUGUCCCCCCUACUAUCAUAUUUAUCCAUAUCAUGCUCAAAACUAUUCUAUAGUUGUUG